AUGAGCGGGCGACGGCGUGUGAAGAAUGUCGCCUACGAUGAAGACGAAUGGGGGUAUAACGACGACGAAUAUUGGGAUGAAGAUGACUAUGACGAACCGGAAGCGCUGCCGCGUUGUACUCCAACACAGGCGAAGAAAUCUACACCUGCUGGAGCGUCUACCCGAGUCCCUGCAACGAAAGCGUCCUCGACUCCACCUCUCGGCGCGAAGGACACGCCUUCUCGGUCUGGUGAGAAAUCCACGCGUGGUGGCCGUGGCGCCGGAACGCAACAGUCCGCGAGCACCGACUCGAAGUCGGGCGCCUCUGGAACAGGGACAGGCGCUGCUUCCCAGGAAGCAUGCGCACCAAACCCAGGCCUGCUCGGUGCCUCUGCGGGAACAUCUCCGGCCAAGCCUCCGCUAGUGCAUUCGUCCGGGACUAACGCUUUGUCUUCCGCGUCCCCGUCCUCUCUACGUACACCGGGAACCCCCGAGCCGCUCUCUUUGGUAGUCAUUGGCCACGUCGACGCGGGCAAGUCGACGCUCAUCGGCCAAAUGCUCCUUUCAACAGGGACAGUGGAAGAGAAAGUCGUGCAGAAAAUGAAGAAGAUGAGCGGGGAAGCCGGCAAGGGCUCGUUCUUCCUCGCGUGGUUGUGCGACGAAGGAGAGGAUGAGAGAGAGCGAGGGGUUACCAUUGAUGUCAGUGUGCGCGUCCUCGUCACCCCAAACACUGGGCGGCGCCUCGCUCUUGUAGAUGCUCCGGGCCACAGAGAAUUCGUUUGCAACAUGCUUGGAGGCGCAGCUCUCGCCGAUGUCGCUCUCCUCGUGGUAGACGCGGCGCGCUUUGACGUCGGUUUCAGCGGGCAGACGAAGGAGCACCUUCUCAUUGGACGGUGUCUGGGGAUCCAGCACUUUGUCGUGGCGCUCAACAAAAUGGACGAGCUGGGGUGGAGUGAGGAGAUCUACCGCACGACUGUUGAGCGCCUCCGCGACUACAUGGUUGGUCCGGAGAUGAACUGCGCACCAGACCAGAUUUCGUUUGUUCCGAUAUCCGCGUUUCGGGGAGUCAACGUUGUGAACGCAAAGGCGCUCGAGGCAGUCGAGAAGGCGCGCGCAGAGGGCAAAAAGAGGAAACCAGAUCUGAGAGGCCUCGCAGAUGCUGAGGAGCGAGAGCAACAUGCGCAGGCUCUAGCCAAGUGGUGGAAAGGACCGGCCGUUCUGGAGGCAAUCGAAAAUGUAGAGAUGCGGACGCGCGACGAUCGGCAGAGGCUUCUGUCGGAGCCACUCGCAGCCUGCGUGGCGGACGCGUGGUCGCCGUCGGCCUCCUCCACCGACCUGCAUCUCUCCUUCAAAAUCGUUCGAGGUGUCUUGCGCGUGGGAGACACGGUGGUGGGACUCCCUGGAGACUCGCGCAUGGUCUGUCGCUCCCUGGUGUCCUUCGGCGAGGCGCUUGAGAGCUGUGAGGCCGGAGACUUCGUGGAACGGGGUGUAUUCGCUCCUGCGUGCCAUCAAGGCAGCCAGGGAGCGGUCGACGUGGGCGUCGGAAGUGUCUUGUGUGCUCGAGCACAUCCGCUGCCCGUCGCAACAGUCUGUCUGUGCCGAGUGAUGGUGUUCGGAACGGACCUCCCGCUGGUGCAGGGGAGGCAGUUUGUCGCUCACAUUCACACAUUUACGUGCGCAUGCAGCAUUCGGAAAGUCGCCGGGGUGAUAAACAAAAGAACUGGCGAGUUACAAGGAGCAACGCGCGAGAAACGAUCCGCGUGCGCUGCUCUGGGGCGCGGGAUGGUGGGUCUCGUUGAAAUUGUGACAGCGAGCAGCGUGUGCGUGCAGGUGAAGACAGAGAAACAGGACGGCAAGGACGUCCCCACAUCGGUCCUUUCUCGCAUUAUCCUCAGGGACAGGGGAAGAACGGUCGCUGCGGGGGUCAUCCUGUCAGCUGCCUAG